AUGUCAACUGGUGAACCAGCGACGAAGAAAUUGAAGACGGAGGCGUUGCCGGAGCACCUGAGUGGAAUUCCCGAAGAGACGAAGAAGGUUCUGAUCGAGAUCGAUACGGUACAGAAUGAAAUCGAUAGUCUGAAUGAAAAGGCAUCAGAGGAGAUUUUGAAGGUUGAGCAAAAGUAUAAUCUCCUUCGUCGGCCUCAAUAUGAGAAGCGAUGUGAGAUGAUAAAGAAGAUUCCGAACUUCUGGUGCACAGCGUUCCUCAACCAUCCUCAACUUUCGUCUAUUAUCGAUGAGAGCGAAGAGCAAGUCUUAGCACAUCUUAGCAACAUUGAGAAAGGCGACUCUUCAUCACCGCUUUCGUUCUUUGAAUGGCUGUCAGAGAAUGUGGAUCCAGCACACGACGAUAUCGCUGAGGUAAUAAAAGACGACAUGUGGCCAAACCCACUGCAGUACUAUCUUUUGCCUGAAAUGGAAGAAACUGGCGAUGACUUUGAAGAGCUUAUAGAAGAUGAAGAAGGCCUCGAAGAGGUAGGUGUACCACUUUUUUCGCUCGAAAUAUAG